AUGUUAACGUUUGUGGCGUCGAUUUCUGGAUUUGUUUUUGGCUUCGAUACAGGUUAUAUCUCUUCAGUUCUGGUGAUGAUCGGUAAGGACUUAGACGGAAGGUAUUUAACUAUAGAGGAAAAAGAAUGGAUUUCGUCAUCCACAUCGUUGGGUGCCUUUUUUGCAUCUUUAUUUGCUGGAAUUAUGGCUGAUACGCUUGGUCGAAAGCCCUCUGUCAUGUUAUGCGACUUGCUUUUCGCUGUUGGUGCUUUAAUCCAGUUUUUCUGUGGACACAUCUCCUGGAUGAUCGCCGGUCGAUUUAUCAUGGGCUGUGGUGUGGGCAUUGGAUCAUUAACGGCCCCGUUGUAUAUUUCCGAGCUUUCUCCUAGUAAGUUUAGGGGACGUCUUGUGACCAUAAAUUGUUUAGCAAUCACCGGCGGCCAGCUCAUUGCUUACGCAGUCGGAGCUGGAUUCUCACAUACGACUUCUGGCUGGAGAUAUACUGUGGCACUUUCUUUGGUACCGUGCAUACUACAAUUCAUUUCGUUGCUAUUUCUUCCUGACACUCCACGCUUUAUGAUCAUGAAGAAGAGAUAUAGCGACGCUUUUUCUGUGCUUCGUCGGGUGUAUCCAUCGUCAUCUAACGAUCUCAUAGAGGCAAACAUUAAAGAACUGUCAGAUUUAAACUCAUCUGUUCCUGGUAAUAGUACUUGGCGAAAGAUUGUCAAUGGUAAUAGAAUGCUUUUUCUGGUUCCUUCAAAUAGACGGGCACUCUUUAUAGGCUGCAGUCUUCAAGCUGUCCAGCAGUUUGUAGGAUUCAAUGCAAUCAUGUAUUUUUCAGGAACGAUUUUUGAGAUGCUUGGAUAUCGCAACUCCAUUAGUGUCAGCUGCGUUAUCGCAGGUACCAAUUUUAUCUUCACCGUGGUGUCGUUGUUUGCCAUAGACAAAGUUGGAAGGCGUAACAUUCUUCUCAUUACUAUGCCAUUCUUAUUUUCUACUCAACUUCUAUCCGCGUUCUCAUUCAAACAUUUGAAUAUAGAUGUGACUACAAACAAGGCCGAUACCCUUAGUGGUUGGGACUAUAUGGUUAUGUUAGCACUAAUUGGAUUUGUUGCCUCAUACGCGACAGGAUUGGGUAACGUUCCUUGGCAACAAUCCGAACUAUUUCCUCAAUCUGUAAGAGGAUUGGGAUCGUCCUUCACUACAGGAACCAACUGGUUCGGUUCAAUGGUCGUAUCGGCCUCAUUUCUUACGUUGAUGAGAUGGCUGACACCUUCAGGCACGUUUCUUCUUUUUGCAAGCGUCACAGCUAUCUCUUUCGUAGUGAUUUAUUUCACGUAUCCGGAAUUGGGUGCUCUACAAUUGGAAGAAGUUGAGCAGCUUCUCAGUGAUGGAUACAACGUCACGAAAAGCAUCAAAUUGCACGAAGCCAGAAAAUAG